ACUAGAAGCCAGGAUUUCUGACUGUGGUCCAAUGUUCUUUUGGGUACCCACAGGGCCUGGGCAGAGGCGCCUCUGGAUGGCGCCUGGCCCAGGAGAUGAGGCCCAAGGCCCCGGCCCCUCCUCCCCACAGCUCACCCUGCAAGACGUCAAGAAACAGAUCCUUCAAUCUCUGGCGGUUAGGGCCCCAAGGAAACUGCAGAAUCGGCAGGGCCCAUGGUGGAGGGGGGUUGCCCCCAAUUCCAGCCCUGUUCUCAGCCCCACAACCGCCCUCCCUCACCGGAAGGAAUUAGAGGGGCCCUGGCUGGACCAAGGUGCCUGCUGCUUAUGGGAAGAUUAUGGAGGAGGGGCCAAGACAAAGGCUCCUUUGUGGAGGCCUUGGCUUAGGGAGUCAAGUGACCGCUUAGGAUACAUAUGGGCAGUGCCAGCCCCUAAGUAUGAGCUGAGGCACUGGCUACAGGACCCCAGAGGGUCCCGCCAGUCCUGAAGCCAGAACUUUUGUGAGAUCUCCUGACCAGCCUGGAGCCCCACCUGACCCAGGCCCACCCGCCACAGCCCAGUGCCUGGCCAUGACUGUCACCUACUCAAGCCAAGUGGCUAAUGCCCGUUUUGGCUCCUUCUCCCGCCUGCUGCUGUGCUGGCGGGGCAGCAUCUACAAGCUGCUCUAUGGCGAGUUCCUCAUCUUCCUGCUCUGCUACUACAUCAUCCGCUUCAUUUACAGGAUGGCCCUCACUGACGAACAGCAGGUGAUUUUUGAGAAGCUGACUCUGUAUUGUGAUGGCUACAUCCAGCUCAUCCCUAUUUCCUUCGUGCUGGGCUUCUACGUGACGCUGGUCGUGACCCGCUGGUGGAACCAGUACGAGAACCUGCCGUGGCCCGACCGCCUCAUGAACCUCGUGUCGAGCUUCGUCGAGGGCAAGGACGAGAAAGGCCGGCUGCUGCGGCGCACGCUCAUGCGCUACGCCAAUCUGGGCAACGUGCUCAUCCUGCGCAGCGUCAGCGCCGCGGUCUACAAGCGUUUUCCCAGUCCCCAACACCUGGUGAAAGCAGGCUUUAUGACCCCUUUGGAACACAAACACUUGGAAAAACUGAGCUUGCCACACAACUCGUUCUGGAUGCCCUGGGUAUGGUUUGCCAACCUGUCAACAAAGGCCUGGAUUGAAGGUCGAAUCCGGGACCCUGUCCUGCUCCAGAGCCUGCUCAACGAAAUGAACACCUUGCGUAGUCAGUGUGGACACCUGUAUGCCUACGACUGGAUCAGUGUCCCGCUGGUGUACACUCAGGUGGUGACCGUGGCGGUCUACAGCUUCUUCCUGGCUUGCCUGAUUGGGCGGCAGUUUCUGAACCCAGCCAAAGCCUACCCCGGCCACGAGAUGGACCUUGUUGUGCCCCUCUUCACGUUCCUGCAGUUCUUUUUCUAUGCCGGUUGGCUGAAGGUGGCAGAGCAGCUCAUCAACCCAUUUGGAGAGGAUGAUGAUGACUUUGAGACCAACUGGAUUGUGGACAGGAGCUUGCAGGUGUCCCUGUUGGCUGUAGAUGAGAUGCACCAGGACCUGCCCCCCAUGGAGCGGGACAUGUACUGGAACGAGCCAGAACCACAUCCCCCCUACACAGCUGCCUCUGCCCAGUCUCGCCGACCCUCCUUUUUUGGAUCCACCUUCAACAUCAGUCUGGGUAAGGCAGAUAUGGAGUUUCAGCCAGACCCAGAGAAGGAGGAGGAGGACGGUGCUCACAAGGGCAUCAUUGGCCGCUUCCUAGGGCUGCAAUCUCACGACCGCCAGCCCCCCAGGACAAACUCAAAGACCAAACUACUCUGGCCCAAGAAAGAGGCCCUUCUCCAUGAGGGCCAGUCCAAGAACCUCGGGGGAGCCGAACAUGGUUCUAGUGACCAGGAAGAUGGCAAGGCCUGGAAGAUUAAGGAGGAGGAUGCCUUCAAGUCUGUGGGACUCUAUGGGUGGUCAGGUUACCACAGUGCCCCACAGACACCCCUCAGCCACACCCCUAUGGUCUUCCCACCUGGACAGUCAGCAAGUCUUCGCAGGGUCUCAGGCAUAGAUGACACUGUCAAAGACCAAAGCCUUCAGCCUGCGACUCCCAGGACCAAGAAGAGUUUUGAAUUGCUCCCAGAGAGUGCUGAGGCCUUGACAGAGAACCCAGAAGUGGGUCACGUGAGGAGGAAAACUGUUGAGUUUAACUUGACAGAUAUGUCAGAGGCCCCUGAACAUCUCAGAGAACCACAUCUGGAACAAUCAACAAGCAACCUACACACUAUCCUUGAAGAUCAUGGAGACCCCUACUGGGCCUUGGAAAACAGGGAUGAAGCACAUUCCUAGCCCAUUUCCAAGGGGGAUGCUUCACCGGCCUGGUCCUACCUGCGUGUACACCAGCAGGACACUGAUCCAGCCAUAGCCAUAUAGCUGUCCACACUGAAGAAUAUGUCCCCAUGACAGCCUGAAUUAAAUGGUUAGCUUAAAAGGUAACUAAAAUUACUAGUUUCAUAUAAACUGUGAAAGGUAACAACUGCUGGAAACAUGUAAUAUAAAACACCUAAUUCAGAAUCAUAAGUCCUACAUCCUGUCUGAAUUCAACAAACUGAAGCCUUGGUAUCUUUCCCAAACUAAGGAAUUUAAUAAAUAUAAAUCCUAAGUUUCAUUUUCAUUAGUGUGAUUGAGCUGUGGCACUCACAAAGUUAACAAAGAUGGUCUAGAUACAUUUGUAGC